ACUUACUGCCCUAGCACACUGAAACCAUGAAGGUUGCAUUUGCACUGCUUCUCUGCGCUCUGUGUUUCCUGGGCCUGGAUGCUCAGUGCCCAGAACCGAACACCCUGAAAGAUGCUGAGGGCAAGAAAAUCUGUGCUCGCAUGUAUGAAGACAGCCACUACUACUAUGAACAAAGCUGUGGAGGAGAGUACAUAGACGCCUAUCCCAAUGAUGAUGUUCCUAUCAUCCCAUCGAGCUGGAACAACCGCAUAUCUUCUCUGGUGGUGAACAAGCUGUGCUCCCUGACCGUGUGGUCUCGCAGCAAGAAGAAUGGAAGCAAGAGGAAGUUUUCUUCUGGCAUUGUAUACCGUCUGAAAGACGUGAAGCAGGGCCUGUUUGGAAGCUGGGAAAAUGACAUCUCUGGUUAUUACUGCGUAUGUUAGAUGCUUCUGAAGCAAGCAGAAGAACAGAGACUGAAAAUCAAACACUGAAUGGAAAAAAAUAUCUAUUAAUUGUGCAAGAUUUCAAAAAAUACAUUAAUUGUGCAACCUUUCAAAUGAAAAUGUGCAUACUUAAAUGUUUUUAUGUCGAAUUAAAUGUUAAAUCUGUUUCA